AUGGACUCCUCACACUACCGUAAAAUUGAUCUCCAGUCUUCUGCAGACUUCACCUAUCUCCACGGCAACGCCGUCGCGCUGUCGCGCCAGAAACUCGACUUGCAUCUCCCUCCUUCGGCGAACCCAGAUGACGGGCCCGACCCUAUGCGCGAACGGGUUCGCGAGUUGGUCGAUGAUUUCAUAAACCGCACCUUCUCCUCCGCCUCCGCCUCCAUCGCCAUCAACGGUCUCGAUUCUUCAUCUCCAGAGUUCCCUUUCCCCCAGGGGCUUACAGGCCCGGCGGAAACCGUUGAAUAUGAGCCAUACGAUGCGAAAUUAGCGGCGCGGGUUUCCUCGUUGUACGCGCAACUGGAGUCGCUCACCACGACGGUGGCUCAAUUGAGACGAGAUGCGCCAGGGAAAGCAGCCAGCCAAUAUGCUGAACAAUUAAAUAAGGCGAUCGAGGAGGACGACAAGGAUCUUGACGAAGAAGAGGAGGUGGGGGAGGAGGAAGAUGAAGGGGAUCAGGACAAGAAUUAUGAUGUUGAGAUGCCCGACGCAACUCAGCCUCAACCAGUAGACGCUGCUAGUACGACGGCUCAAAGGAGGCGGCGGAAGCCUUCCAAAAACUCGUCAGUGUGGAACCUGGAUAUCCCGCUAGGCACAGAACACGAAGCUGAGCGGUGGCAUAAUGGGGAAAUCGCAGAGGUUUACGAAGAUGCGUUGCGGACUAUACUUCGACUUCAAGGCGAGGCUGCGGCUGGGGAGAGUGGGGAAACCCAGUCCGACGGAUUCGAUGGAAAUGCACUGGCAUCUACAGUUGGUAAAGCUGAGCGGGCGAGUCGAGCUGUCGAGUUUGUAGAGAAAGUUUGA